CUCUCUUCUCCCCACUCCAAAUUCCAACGGUCACAAAAUCCCAAAUUCAAAUCCUUUCUUCCUUCUUCAUUUCUUCACUUCUUCAACACAACCAAACAAAAAAAAUCAGCUUCUCAAAAUCUCAAAACCUUUCUCCAAAAAGCUUAAAAAAAGCACUUAAAAAAAGCACUUAAUCAUGAACAACGAAGUUAAAUUCUGGAACAACGCAGCUUUCGACGGUGACGACGAUUUCACAACCAAGAUGAAGACUUCUUGGUCUUCUUCCUCCGAUUGCACCAAAGAGAAUAUAAACCCUACCUCCCUCAAUUUCAAUGCUUCCAAUUCGAAAAAGAAAAAAGCUAUAGAUGAUGAAAUUGCUGAAGUUGAAUUCGAAAUUAAGCGAUUAACAACAAAGCUCGAAUCGCUUCGUCUUGAAAAAAUCGCGUCGGAGAAGCGCGUUAGUGGAAUUGGUACUGGUAGGGUUAUAGCUGCGAAGUUCAUGGAACCGAAGAAAAACUGUGUAGUUUUCAAAGAUGAUAAUAGUACUGUGAAACGAAACGGAAACGGAAACGGCGUCGUUUUCAAAGAGGCGACACCGAAGAGAAACGGUGUCGUUUUUGAUACACCGAAGCGGAACGGUGGGGUUUUGAAAGAGGAUACUCCGAGGCCGAGGAUGAAUUGGAGGAGAGGGAUGAGUUUAGGUCCGGGGGAGAUUGCUGGGAAAAUGACAACUCCGGCGGUUACUCCGGCGACGGUGAAUCGGAGGAAAUCUUGCUACGGGAAGCCGCAAGAGAUUUUGGAGGAAUCGAGGAGGAAGACGAUAUGUAAAGCGAAUUCGGUUGCUGUUGGAUCGGUUAAGCUGCGUGAGGUGAAGAAGAAAGAGGAAGAGAUUGUUCAACCAAGGAAGUUGUUUGAAGGGGAGAAAUCAGUGAAAAAGGUGGUGAAACAAGGGAGGGUUGUGGCUAGUAGGUAUAAUUCUGGUGGUGUUGGUGGUGAUGCGAAGAAAAGAUCGUUUUCUGAGAAUAAUAAGGGUUUUGGGAGUGAGGUUAGGGUUAAGAAGAGGUGGGAGAUUCCGAUUGAGGAAGUGGAUGUGAGUGGUUUUGGGGUGUUACCGAAGAUUUCAACGUUGAGGUGUAUUGAUGAGAGUCCUAGAGAUUCUGGUGCUGCUAAAAGAGUUGCUGCAAUGAAUGGGAAAAAAUCUUAUUUCUGUGAGGAUGGAGGAGAUAGUGUGAUGGUGGUUGAGGAAGAAGGGAAUGUUUGUCAGGUUUUGGAUUUUGCUGAAGGUGAUGAUGAUGAUGAUGGUAAACAAGGGUAGGAUAAGUUUGGAGUUUACUAUGCUGUGUUUGGUUGUGUGUUUGUUUGUUGGGUGUGUGAAAAGUUGAAAAUUUUAGGCUGUUUUGGAUUUUGAUUGUUGUUAUGAUUUGAAAUAAUAACAAGAUAGACACAUACAUGUCUCUUGCUUUAUAAUUUGUACAUUGUUUUGUUUGUUCAAAGUUCAAUAACUAUAAAAUGUGCAUUGAGAGUGUCUGAUUUUAGUAUUCA